GAUACCCCAGAUGAAGGGUGAAAAUAAAAGCCGCGCUGUGACAUACAAGAUGUAAAGAGAUAAGGCAAAGAAAAGUAAGAGAUUUCUUGAAUGCACAAAACAAAUGAUUCACUUUAGAUAGCACCACGCUUUAUUUUAUUAUAGAUUGGCGCAAACACUGUUGAAUGUUCUGUCUGAAAAGUAAUAUCUGAGUAUUUACUUGGUUCUGCUGGAUUCAGUGUCCAGCCUUUAUUGUCAACAUGCCACCCGGCGUUAAGAUUUACCGAUGCAUCUCCAAAAUUUCCACUCACCACCACGACACUGCGGCUCAAGCCAGGUCCCGCGUGGCAUUACUCCCAAUCAGAGCGUCAAUUGAUACCACCAUGGGAGGCAGACAGAUCCGACCUGCAAGGGUCCUACAAACAGUCACCGAAGAGCUCAACCACACCGUCCUCGGCGGCAAAUCCAUCCCCACGCCGCCAUGGUACAACAUCAUGCAAUCCGUCCCUCCGGCCGAGACACUCGUUCGAAACGUCACCCCCCGUAUAAGGGGCCCGAAAUCCAGAGUGACAAAGCCAAAGAACCUCUAUCGACCUCAAGAGAUAUUGUACAUUGAGGAUAGGCUGCGGGCGACGUUCUAUCGAGAUCAUCCUUGGGAGUUGGCGAGACCUCGUGUUAUUCUUGAGUCGGACGGAAAGGAUUACCAGCACUGCGAUUGGAGCAAGGGUUUGAGACAGCCUAAUAUUCCCUUGACGGGUGAAUGUGUCGUUCAACGGCAAUUAUGGUUAAUGGAGAACGAGAAACUCGAGAAGCGAAAGGCAUACGAUAUAACACGCCGCGAAUUCUACCGUCUACGUCAGGAAGAGGAGAUCGAGAAGCGGGUGGCCCUCGAGGAAGCCAAGCACGUGGGCGCCUACUUUGGCAAGUCCCGCAUUGAUGUUUCGCACCAUCUCGAGGACCGAGAGUUUGAGAACUGGAAGAUCUGGGCUGGGAAGGAGACGGAGCGACAAGAGGCGAGCCGCAACUCCGAGAUUGAGGACUUUGGUCUUGAAGACGUGGAGGAGGAUGUCGCAGAAGAUGCAGAGCCUGAGGAAAAGGCUGAGGCUGCGGAGGGCAAGAAAUCACCUUGAUAGCAUUAUGUUAGAGAGGGCGGAUGAUACCCGUCAUGUACACAAACCAUGUAACCUUUAUUGUCUAUGUAUCAAAAGCAGAAACGCAUAUUCCAAGAGAUUCUUGGAUUGGGAUUUCAACCCAUCAUUUUAUCAUCUGUCGAUGAGACAUCCGGUCGUCUAGCGUUGAAGACCAUCUCACCACAGUUUCUAAGCCCAUA